AUGUUUAUUCGAGUCGCGUCCCGUGAGUCGCGUGUCCUUGACGAGGUGCGCAGGCGCCGAUACGAUGCCAACUCGGGGGUCAUCACAGUCCCUUAUAUAUUAGUCAGGUUUUUACCAGAACAAUCAGUGUUCAACGGACAUACAAAACAAUCAAACAAAAUGUUCAAAUUGCUGUUAUUCGUCGCCCUCCUGGCUUUCGCCGCAGCCAAGCCCCUGGUGUACACAGCACCACUAGCUGCAGCAUACACAGCACCUGUUGCUUACUCUGCAGCAUACUCAGCGCCGGUUGCUUACUCUGCAUACAGCGCUUACUCUCCGGUCGCUUACUCCGCCUACACUUAUGCGUCACCAUAUUCAUACUACCUUUGA